CCCCCUAGUCUGCUCGGCUGACUGGUCGGGUGGCGGCACGGUGCUCCCAUCCCCGGGGGGCAGGCCCAGGACCGACGCGCGGCAGGAACCAGACCAUGUGGGGGACACGGCUGGCACUGCCGGUGCUGGUGCUGGCCGCCUGCUGUGAGCUCGUGGUCACCCUGCAAUGCUACACGUGUCCCGAGCCCAUCAGCGUGUCCAGCUGCAUCACCAUCGCCACCUGCAACGCCAACGAGACCAUGUGCAAGACCACACUGUACUCCCUGGAGACAGUGUACCCCUUCCUGGGGGACUCCACGGUGACCAAGUCCUGUGCCAGCAAGUGCGUGCCCUCAGAUGUGGACGGCAUCGGCUGGACCCGGCCCGUGUCCUGCUGCAACACUGACCUGUGCAACGUGGAUGGGGCGCCCGCCCUGGGUGGUCCCCGAGGCCUGGCCAGCGCCCUCCUCCUGCUCGCCCCACUCUUGAGCCUCCAUCUCUAGACCCCGGCCCGCAGCCCCGUGUAGCCCAGCCCCCAGCGCCUCUGAAGAAUCAUGGCCCACACCUGCA